GAUCACCUUUCAUCACAUUCGUUCAUCGUUUGACGAACGCCGCGCAACAUCGAGUGCCCAACCAGAUGGAUUGGACCAACUCGAUGGCCGUGUUCGGCUUCGGCGCUGAUGAGCCAGCGCAGAACGACGAUGGCAUUGUAGAAGAUGACGAGAACUUUUAUGGUGAUGAUGAGGAGCAGCAGCAGCAGGAGGAGGAAGAGGAGGAAGCAACUCAUCCAGGUGCUUCCUCGACAGAACAGCAGAAACCACCCGUCCCAGCGACACCGCAGAAUGCAGAAGUGAACGCCGAGAAUCAACGCCGCCUCGAAGAGCUGCGCGCGAAGCUACUCGCCCAACGUCAGAACACUCCACUUCGGCCUAACACGCCGUUGGUGAAGCCAGUCGAGACUCCUUCAAAAGCGCCGACCCAGAUUCUCCCUCCCCCAAAACAAAGCCCAUUCCCACAACCAACCACCCCUCAACCUCAACCUCAACAUACUACCAUGAGUUCUGUGGAGCUGAGUAGACCUACGAUUCGAGCAGAAGCUGCGCAGCCGACUCCCGACGUCGACGCGCUUCUGUCCGAGGGAAGAGCCAGAGCUGAUGAGC